AGGAUGAAGAUGGUUGGUGCCCUGCUGGUUACGCUCUGGCUGGGCAUGGUCACCCUCGGCAGCGGCUCGGAACGCUGUGAUGACUGGGGUGUGGACACCAUGAAGCAGAUCCAGAUUUAUGAUGGGGAACCUGCCAAGAUCAAAUGCCCACUUUUCGAGACCUUCUUGAAGUACAACUACAGCACAGCCCAUUCUGCUGGCUUAACCCUGAUCUGGUAUAGGAUUGGGCAGGACCGGGAUCUGGAGGAGCCCAUUAAUUUUCGUCUCCCAGACAAUCACAUCAGUAAGGAGAAAGACACCCUCUGGUUCUGGCCUGCUCUUCAAAAUGACACUGGGAAUUAUACGUGCAUGCUCAGAAAUACAACCUACUGCAGCAAAGUUGCAUUUCCCUUGGAGGUUGUUCCGAAAGACCAACACUCUUGUGUGAGCCACUCAAUAAAACCCAUUGAGGAGAUGUUCUACUUGGAGCAGACCAAUGAGAAGAUCAUAUGUCCAGAUAUUGAUGGGUUUUACCCUGCUAGUGUAACACCAACUGUCAAGUGGUACUUGAACUGCAACUUGGUGGAUGGCUUCUAUGAGCGAUACCCCCAAGGGCCCAGGCUUGUCAUCGGCAGUGUCCGCAGUGUGUAUAAAGGGAAUUACACUUGUAUUGUGACAUUCAAGGACCACGGCAGAACAUAUAAUCUCACCAGAACCAUAAACAUGAAGGUGGUGGGAUCUCCAAACAAGGCAUUGCCACCACAAUUCAUCUCUCCAAAUGAGAAAGUUGUCUACGAACUGGAAGCAGGAGAUGACCUUGUUCUGUCCUGUGAGGUCUUCUUCACCUUCCUGAAGGACUCCCGGACUGAGGUGUGGUGGACCAUAGAUGGGAAAAACACAGAUGACAUCAUGGACCCCAAGAUAAAAGUCACACAAAGUGAAAUUACUAGAGAUUUUGAAGACAAAACUGUCAUAAGGACUCUAACAGUUGCAAAAGCCACACCAGAGGACUUGAAACGGAAUUAUACUUGCUAUGCCAGAAAUGCCAAAGGCGAGGACCAUAGUCAGGCCAUCGUGCACAUGAAAGUUGUAGCACCAAAGUACACCGUGGAGCUGGCCUGUGGACUGGGGGCAACCAUCCUGCUCGUUGUGGUGCUGAUAGUCAUCUAUCACGUUUAUUGGCUUGAAAUGGUCCUCUUCUAUCGGGCUCAUUUUGGAACAGAUGAAACCAUUCUAGAUGGGAAGGAGUACGAUGUGUAUGUGUCCUACGCACGCAACGCGGAGGAGGAGGAAUUUGUGCUGCUUACACUGCGGGGAGUCUUGGAGAACGAGUUUGGGUACAAGCUGUGUAUCUUCGACAGAGACAGCCUCCCUGGGGGAAUUGUCACAGACGAAACCCUGAUCUUCAUCCAGAAAAGCCAACGUCUACUUGUUGUCCUGAGCCCCAACUACGUCUUGCAGGGGACACAGGCCCUGCUGGAGCUCAAGGCUGGUCUAGAGAAUAUGGCCUCCAAGGGCAACAUCAAAGUCAUUCUAGUGCAGUACAAAGCCAUCAAGAAGAGCAAAGUGAAGGAGCUGAAGAAGGCCAGGGCGGCCUUGACUGUCAUUAAAUGGAAAGGCGAGAAAUCAAAGUUCCCAAAGGGCAGGUUCUGGAAACAGCUGCAGGUGGAAAUGCCAGUGAAAAAAAUUAACAGGAGUUUGAGCCUUGAUGGGCUCAUGCGUAUCCCUGAAAGAUGUUUGAUUCCAUCAGAAAACAAGACAAAACAAGCCCCAAAAAUCCACAAGUUAGGCCAGGGAGUGGGAAGGAACUCAGGGCUUUUGCCAUGAAAGACUGUGUCCCAGGCAUUUCAGAGGACCAGUUGUGCCUCCCUGCAGCUUUUCUACUGCCCUGGUGGUAGAGAGACCAAAGAUACAUACACUGCCUCUCUGCAAAUGCAUGUCCUUGUCAUCAACUGCACAAGCCCUGGGCUCAAGGUCUAAAUUUGCACUAUCCAGGUGGGAUGCAGCCAGCACCUUGUGAUAGCAUGGUAUUUGUAUUGGCCAGUACUCCUAAUUCCAGUUCCUACGUGACAUUCUUUAGCAUCUAGGACAGAGCUCCUUUCCUAUCCUAAGCAGCUUCGUUCCUGCCUGAUCAUUGGUCCUGUUACAGAGGCUGGGGGACAGGUUGAAAGAUGGCUCCUGUAUCGAGCCUUUCAUACAUGUCCCAGCUGUAUAGUCCUGAUCACCAUGGGAUCACAGAUUUCUGCUUCAGUGGGGGGAGUGUAGACUCUUGAGGCUCCUCAUCUUUGCUCCCCACGUUUCUGUAGGAGCAGGUGCUUUCAGAUAGUUCGGCAAUGUGAAAUGGCUGCUAUAAAAGCAUUUAACAA